AUGGCUUGGGACGGAGGAAUGGAGCCCAAUGGCACAGAAGGCAAGAACUUCUACAUUCCCAUGUCCAACAGGACUGGGAUUGUUAGAAGUCCUUUUGAAUACCAACAGUACUAUUUGGCAGAUCCUAUCAUGUACAAGCUCCUAGCUUGCUACAUGUUCUUCUUGAUCUGCACUGGAACUCCCAUCAACGGUCUGACCCUGUUGGUUACGGCUCAGAACAAGAAGCUCCGGCAACCUCUGAACUACAUCCUGGUCAACCUGGCUGUGGCCGGACUGAUCAUGUGCGCCUUUGGAUUCACCAUCACCAUCACAUCUGCUGUGAACGGCUACUUCAUUCUUGGAGCCACUGCCUGUGCUGUUGAGGGAUUUAUGGCCACACUUGGAGGUGAAGUCGCUCUCUGGUCCCUGGUAGUCUUGGCUGUUGAGAGAUACAUCGUUGUCUGCAAACCCAUGGGAAGCUUCAAGUUCACCGGCACUCAUGCAGCAGUUGGAGUUGCUUUCACCUGGAUCAUGGCUUUCGCAUGUGCUGGACCCCCACUGUUUGGCUGGUCCAGGUAUCUUCCUGAGGGCAUGCAGUGCUCCUGCGGACCUGACUACUACACUCUGGCUCCAGGCUUCAACAACGAGUCAUACGUCAUGUACAUGUUUGUCGUUCACUUCUUCGUUCCCGUCUUCAUCAUUUUCUUCACUUAUGGAAGCCUUGUGCUGACAGUCAAAGCUGCCGCAGCAAUGCAGCAGGAGUCAGAGUCCACCCAGAAGGCUGAGAGGGAAGUGACACGCAUGUGCGUCUUGAUGGUCUUUGGAUUCCUGGUAGCUUGGGUGCCAUACGCAUCUUUUGCCGGUUGGAUUUUCAUGAACAAGGGAGCAGCUUUCACUGCCAUGACAGCAGCUAUUCCCGCCUUCUUUGCUAAGAGCUCAGCCCUGUAUAAUCCUGUUAUCUACGUGCUGAUGAACAAACAGUUCCGUAACUGCAUGCUGAGCACUGUUGGAAUGGGUGGCAUGGUGGAGGAUGAGUCCUCAGUCUCUGCCAGCAAGACAGAAGUGUCCUCUGUGUCUUAAUCACAAUGACAUCCUCAAAUCUGUGGACAUUUUUCUUACUGAUCCCUUCCAGAUUUUUAAAAAAGAUCCAGUGAAAGAAAAAGUCUUGAACUUUUGCCAAAUGGAUUUUUGGAUUUGAUGAACGGACUCUGGACCAAACACACUGAGAAAAUAAAUCUCAUCUGUUUAUAUGUACAAAUCAACAAUUGUAAUUAAAUGCAGUUGCUGUUGAGGUUAUCUUGCACAGUAAAAUAACCUCAACAGCAAGUGUGUGUCUGUGCACGCGAGAUAUGCAAGAGCAUAUGAGUGAGUGAGAAUGUGAGUGUGAAUGUGGCUCCCUGUGCAGGAAUACACUCCAAACACCUCAACUCUCAAGAUAAACCUGCUAAAAUGUGACAACACUUUCUGCUGUGAUGAAAGUGUGCUCUAUUUUCUUGUAAUUAUGUGUUUUGCUGGUCAACCAGUGGCAU